CAAUGAGAAAAAGUAAUUUAAAUUCAAAUAAGUUGGGGAAAAAAAAAAACUGAAGUAGAAACAGAGGCCGGCCUGGCAAAUCUGGGAACUAGCUACUCCGUUCAAAUCACCCACUUUAUUUUAUCACUUUGAAAGUAAAUUCAGAUCGGCGAGAGGUUAGAAGGUAGCAUUUGGGCGUGAAAUGUCAAUGGGGACCGAUACCACUUGGGUUGGGAAGAAGCCUUUGAGGCGCAUCGGAGGAAUGUCCGAUGCUCUCUCCAUUGCCGCCGAUCUUGGUUUCUCUGUUCCCCCUCCUCCUUCUCAGGAAGAAGUGCAAAACUUAUCAUCUGCUACAGGAGAAAACGGUGAUGACUUGAUAAAGGUAUUAAGAGAGCUAACCACUGUACAGAGAAAGAUAGCCGAUUUGCAAGUUGAACUACAGGGCCGAAAGGAUGACAAAAAUGUUGCACACCUUACACACGUGAGUGAAAUGGAAAAGAAGUGUGAAACAUUGGCGAGGAUUACUACUAUAUUGAAAGAUGUUAUUCAGAAUAAGGAUCGAAUUAUAGCUCGUCUGCAACAACCUUAUUCCCUAGAUUGCAUUCCCGUGGAAGCAGAAUAUCAGAAACAAUUUUCUGAAUUACUGAUGAAGGCUGCAAGUGAUUAUGGUGCAUUGACUGCUGCUGUUACUGAUUUCCAAUGGAGCCAAAACUUUAAGGAGCCUCCUUCAGUUUGGGGGGAGAUGCUCCGUCCAAUUCCAGUUGCAUUAGCAUCCUGCACCCGAUUCUUUGAGGCCAUGUCUGCAACAAGAGAGUCAUUUGCAACCCUUCAAAAUUUGAGAGUGGGGCAUUCUGCAACCCCAUUACCAACAACACCAGUCAAGGAUCCCUCCCAUAGAGCAAUAGGAGGAGACUCAGAGCAUACAACUCUUCCGGCUUGGAAAAAUGAAACGAGUUUUGAUGACUUAGCUAUCAAAAGCCUCAGAAGCCAAGAACUUGAACGCCAAGAAGCAGAUGAUGAAAAUAGCGAGGUGGGGGACUUUGAUCCUGUCGAUAUUACAAGCCACAGGAGAUUGUCUUGGCCUCCGUCAGUUAAAAAGAAUGGUCUGUAACCUCUAUCAUCGUUAUAAAGCUAGCUUGGAUCUGGUGAUCAUCAGCGACAUCAAUCACACUAUCGGACAACUAUUUUGGUACCAUUUUGAGAGUUGUAUAUAUGGUAUAUAACAUGUAUAAGCUAGAAGUAUUUUGGUAUGUUUUGUGAUGUGAAUAUUUGACCAUGAGACGUGGCUUGUAAAUGUUGGUAUGUAAGGCUUUUUAAGUUGGCCUAAAUGAUGUGUUUGAUAGGUAAGUUAUAUGAUGUUAUAAUGUUCAUGUGAUGGUUUGAUUAUGGAAUGUUAAAUUGGCAAGUUUUGUGGUAUGAAGUAUGUGAUAAAAUGAUGAGUUUAUGU